AUGAAUAGCAAUUUUAAAAGAUUUCGAAUUUUGUUAGAGUCAGAUCUUCCCAAUCUACAGAAUGAAAAGUCAAUGAUUGAAAUAAAUGACCGAACUACGCUCAAGCAACUCAAACAAUUGAUAAUAGGUAAGAACGAUGAAGGCUCUGUCACACGUACAUUCAUCGAACAGAUAAAGUUAUCAUACGAAGGAAACGACAUACCAAGCUCGUUGCAGGACGAGGAAACCAGUGUUUAUGAAUUGUUGGGAUUAAACGAAGAAUUUUUGGAAAAGAAUAAUAGCAUUGUAAGAUUGAAACUUACAAAACAUGACAAUGUAAAUGGAACUGGAGGGAUAUUAAGCAGAGAAUUUUGGAAGGACUUUCAGUCAAAUGAUAGAUUCAGAUUUCUUCCUGCCACCAACGAUUCUUUACAGCAACUAGGCCUGAUGCUGUCAAAUUCAGUUCCAUUAGAAUCAACAUCUGAUUUUGCUAGAGAGAGCGGUACAACAAAUCCAACUGCUACUAGUUCAUCCUCAGAACCAGGAAUUGAUAGUGAUAUUUCCACGUCACCAACAUCUACGAACCCGGCGCCGAUACCAUCAAAUCGUGAAACAGCAAUUCCAGGUCAACAAAAUUCUAUUCCAGUUGUCAACAGAUCAACAGAACAAUCACCUGUGAAGAUUGACCCCUUUGAACCAGCCAGUCUUCGAGUAUCCGGGGGAUCCACUUGGGAAAUGGAGGGAACCUCAUAUGAUACCAUGAUUGAACUGAAUACAGGGAAAACUAUGUUGGUUAAACAAGAUGACUUGUCUAAAGUUGAGUAUGAAUUUACAUUGAACAUAGACAAUAUGGUCAAGAAAGUUACCUUGAGUACGGCACAAUGUAUUAUAGUUGAUAACGGAUUGCAUGACCCUUAUCUACUACUCAGUCCCAUGGGUGCAGCAAAAGUUCACAAUGUUUUUAGACUGGCAUCUGGAGAGCCAUUGGUUCAAAAGGUACAAGUAAUGAUGCAUGAUGGUGAUAGCCACCCAGAACCAGAAUCUAAUGAGGAAGUAAUUCCAGGUGUCCCUGAUAAUAUUAAUGUUGAAGAUGCUGAAAUUGACGAUCUUAUGGACAGAUUAUACACAAAUGGAAGACUGCUUCUUAUAAAUAUGGUUAAACUCACCUUUGUUUUAUACUUAAUGGGUUUCAGACUCAAUAAACAUAUGAUGAAUUAUUGGUUUCAUUAUGCGGUAUUACUAGUUUUGCUUUUUCAUGCAUAUGUCCUUCUUUGCACUGGUGCGAAUAGAGUAAUCCGUUUUGGUGGCAAUGUUAAUGAUAUUUCGAUUAUGAUGGACCGAGUAGUUAGGGCUUGUGUGAGGAGGACGUCCGAAUUGGAGUUGGUGCAAUCACCAGAUCCCGCUUGGUUGAAGACAGUGAAGUUGAAUUUUGAGAAUAUUUGGAAGGACACUUUGUUAUUUGGGUUAUGUAUUUUUCCUUCGAUGCAGACUAGGGUUUUCGAUCAAUUAAGCUUGGCUGAGGAAAAUGUAUCUGUUUAUGAAGAAUUGGUUGAACCUAAUGACAUGGAGGUCGAAAAUUGA